CAGGCUUGCAAAUGGCAGAUCUCCUACAGCCUGGCGUCACGGACUCUUUUGUGAAAGUUUAUAGUGAUUUCUAGGUGAGUAUAAUAAUGCGAUAGGGAUUGUAUAUCAGUUGGGUUACACAGUGAGGGAGGAUGGAAUGAGUAACUGGUUAAAAGAUUUGCAAAUAUAAACUGUGGUUUAUUAACAUUUCCUCUGCCAUACAGUGUUAUAACAUGUGCCCAGUGUCAAUAAUAAAUGUCAAAACUUUACAGGUGAAGAUGGCGGAGUGCCCAGACAUUGCAGGCUGUGAGGAGGGAGGUCUACGUCUCGUAUUACAGGCCCUCAGCUCGGGGCCACAGGGUACCCUAGCUGCCCUCAGGGCCAUGCAGAGAGUCCCUGGACCAAUCCCAUGGAAAAACAUGACAGACAGGCUGUGUAUGGAGGUGCCCAUUCUUGGACCAAAUGGGGAUCUGAUUAUGUAAGAAUUUAUUUGACAAACAUGAUUUAUCUGUCCAAGUGGAAGUCACAUAUUAAUUGCAUUGGUCACUAAUUACUGACAGGCUGGAAGCAAACCCAGUUGUGAGUGCAUUAAAUAGAUAAUGCAUGAAAAAAUAUAUUAUUACAAUUAAAAAAAAAUAUAUAUACAUAUUUUCCCCUUUAAUUCUUAGAGCUGUUUCACUGGCACAGGCAAGUGCUCCGUCAGUCAGGAGCUUUUCCUUUUGGUCUUUACAAUCUGAAACCAACACUUGUUAUUCAGUUAUUGCUGUCCAGUUUUGACACACAUACACUUGAUGAUAAUACAGAGGUUAUUAAAGGGACACUAGUCACCCAGACCACUUCAACUCAAUGAAGUGGUCUGGGUUUCAGGUCCCCCAGGUUUUAACCCUUCAGAUGUAAAAAUAGCAGUUUCUGAGAAACUGCUAUUUGCAGGGUUACUCCAGCCUCUAGUGGCUGUCUUCAUGACAGCCGCUAGAGGCGCUUCUGCGACGCUGGAAAUCGCAUUCAGCGUGCAGAACGUCCAUAGACAGUAAAUAUUGAUACUGACAGCUCAAAGACUAGUAUGCUCAGUAUCAGACAUUUACCGUCAUUUCCCAACAUGGGAGUGACAACAAGAUGGGAAUUGUUAGCAGCACACAUGGCAUUAGAAUCAUUGUUUGUACUUUAAAGGGACUCUCCAGUGCCAGGAAAACAAACCGUUUUCUUGGCAUUGCAGGUCCCCUCUCCCUCCCACCCCCCAUCCCAAGUUGCUGAAGGGGGUUUAACCCCUUAAGGACACAUGACAUGUGUGACAUGUCAUGAUUCCCUUUUAUUCCAGAAGUUUGGUCCUUAAGGGGUUAAACCCCUUCAGUGACUUACCUGUAUCCAGCGCCGAUGUACCUCGGCGCUGGGUCAGGGUCCGCCCACGCUCAUCCUCCUCCACCAACGUCAUCCGGCAGAAGUGGUCUGGGCGCCUGGAGUGUCCCUUUAAGUAAAAUCUAUACCUAGAUAAUAGAGGCUAGUAAACUGUCCUUCUCCCUUUAUUGUCCUUACUGCCCACUAAAAAAAAAUUAUCUCACAGUGGCCAAAGCUUAAUACGUUGUUUUGUGUGCUCCAAUCUCCACUUGUACCCUGUCAUUCAUAUCCAGAUUUUCUCACUUUUUCCAUGCUAAAUUAGAAGUUACACAUUUAUGUAAGGUAUAAAUGGAAAGCCCUAAGUGGUCUGUGACAUAAAUAAAUAAGUUUAUAAUACGUGUUUGUGUAAAAGUAGCUCUUAUCCUCAAGGUACAAAAUAGCCCCCAUUUGUACCUCAGUUGUUAUUCUUAAUAUACAUUUUUGAUUGUUACUUUUUCUACUUAGGAAACCAUCACUGCUUCUCCUUCCAAAACAGUCUCAAAGGAAUCUCUUCAGCUUUUUGAAUGUUGCAGCUCACCUGGUCCCAUCCUCAUGCCUUCGUUCUUUGGCUGAGGCCAUUCUUUUAAACAAAAAUUCUUCAGAUGAAUGGCUACAAUAUCUCAGCGGAUGCCUUCUUAGAGACAAAGAAAUGCAGAUUUCUACUUCUAGUCCACAGGUGGCAGAACAAUUGCAGUUCCUUUGCAAAGGAUUAUGUCAGAAUAGAGAUCAGUACUCAAAACUUGGAUGGUUCAAACAAAACUUUACAUCUAGUCGUCACAAGAGAAAAGUGCAUUGUAUCGAAGAUUCAUUCCUGGACGGAGAUGACAGGCCCCAUAACAAGAAGGUCUGCACAGAGGAGCUGUGUGUAACUUUGUCAAACCCCUACAUUUCACAGGAAGAACAGAAAGUAGUCACGGAAGAACCUGAGAUGGAAAGACAGGAGCUACCUGAAUAUGUGAAGGUAGUCUCUUUUAUAUUUUAUAUUCCUUAUCGUUACUCUUUCCACUGUCACCUUGUUGUCAUGGCAUUUCCUCCCAAGUGUUCCUAUUUAGGAGGGACAAUACCUCUUUUGGAACCCAAAUCCUUCAAUCCCUAUUUUCUGUCCUAAUGUCCCUCUUUUCUAGGAGCUUCACAUUAUUGUUGUGUCUGAGUUUAUAACAGUUGUGUGUCUUUAAACUACACUACAUGUGUUUUAUAAAUCAGUUUGUGUAAAUAAGAUGCGCUCCUGUUUUUUUUUAUUCUUUAUUUUUGGAGUGCAGCGGAAACAAACAUUGUUUGACAAUGACAUAUAGUUAAGUUGCAUUAUAAAUGAUUACAGGCUUAAAGUAUAAACAUAGUAUGUCAGGAGAAACUGCACACAUUUUUUGGUUGAAAAUGUAAAACAAGAGUGAAUUGCUGCGCCAGCGUUUACAUACAUGCUUAUUAUAACUUGUUGAAAUGGCCAAGCGUUGUACAUCACAUUGGUAAGAUCUGAGACAUAGCUUGCUAAGGACUUGCAUUAUUACAGGCUAUAAUAAUAGGCUAAUGAAGAUGUAGUUUAGUACAAGCUGUUAUUACCACUGGGAGACCAGGCCCUGCUGCAGAAAUGAUUGGGGCACUUUCACUAAAUAAUAUAAGAUAAAACACUGUAAAGUGGUGUGGCUGACUGAGGCUUAGCAGAGGCUCACUGGUUGAGCUGAGUUAAACUAAGGGCACAACAUUUAGUAGGUGUCUAAUUUUUAGCUGCAUCAUUUUAUAAUAAUAGAGACAUCAGGCCACAGUUCUAUCCUGUCAGGUGGCUGGUAAGAGUAAAAGAGUUAAGGAGUUAAGGACAGAACUGCAGCUUUACAGUGGGAGAUAAAAUGGUCACCUCGAGGGCCCUUGUGGCCGAGUUCUAGGUCGGUCGGUUGGUGAGGUAAGUUUAUCAUUGGUGCUGGAUCUCGCCUGUGUAGUCCCCAUAUAGUGCAGGUUUAAUUCAGCAGGGCACAUAGGCAAAACGUCCAGGUGAUUCUCUGCUCCGCCAGUGUCCUCUGUGUGCUUCUCAAGCUGCAUGCCGGCUGUCAGGUGUGCUUGCUGCCCGUUCAUGUCAGGUUGGGGAAGGUUGUCUGGCAUUUCGGUAGGGGUGUGCGGCUCUUUACGUUGGAGACCAGUUCUCCGUCUCGGCUGGAAGGUAGGGUUUUGUCCGUGGAGUGUCUCUUGUCUUUUCCGCGGGGGAUAUGCUGGCUCGUUGUGCCCCCUUCGCUUCGCCGGCCUCUGGUCUGCUGAGGUGCUACAAUGCGUGCAGGUGGCUGUUUGUUGUUGAUUUCUGGCCAGUUGGUGCUUAAAUCUGUGCUGUCAGGCUUGAGCGUGGGGGAAGAGUAUUCCUUUCCUCUGCCGUUAGCGCACAUGGCGUCCACCAUUUUGGGCGAGGUGCCGAGGUCGCCGCUCUGGGUGGUCUCAUUGCUGGGCCUUGAUUGUGUUGCAGCGGUCGGUGUCCCAGGGCAAGGACCGGGAUCACCCCCCCGGUCCAGAGGGGGGGGAGACAGGGCCAGUUCCACUCUGCUCUGGGCCUUCAGGUCAGGCAUUGUUAAGCGGGAUAGUGGGGCAGCGGCCGUCCGCCCCGCUCACCGCCGGAGUAGGCCCCAUCUGGGACUUCAAAGAUUCCUCCUCCAAGGGACUGAAGCUCGAGGAGCCAGCCUCUCCCUGGAUCCAGUGCCUCCCUUGGGCCGAUGGUCUUUGCUGUUGGUCAGCUUUUAAGUUGAAAUUUAUAGUUUUAGAGGCUUAAAGUUUAGAAAAUUGCAAGAGCUGUGCAUUCUUGUGACCGUCCAGCUCGGCGGUCCGGCCCCGCCCCCCGAUGCGCUCCUGUUUUAACUAACAUUUUAACAAAAACAGAGAAUGUGAGAACAAGCAAAAGCUUAGAGAGAGAGCUCAGGUCUCUAAAUUAUUUUUACUUAUUUGUGCCAUUACAAAGAGAACCUAUACCAUUUGCAUAUCAGACUGAUAAGGGCAGUCCAGAACCAAAAUGCAGGCAGGAACUCUCUGCACAAGAGAUACAGUAACCCUGGACGAUUGUUUCAACCUUCUUUGGGGUUGCUGUAUCUCUUGUGCAGAGAGUCUGCCUGCAUUUUGGAUCGGGGGAGGGGGGGUGGUGGGAUGCUCACCCAUAGUCUCUCUAUCUGCGUGCCCCCCAUGUGUGUGGUAUGUGUGAUGGCUUUGUUUAAUGUUUUGUGCGUGGUAUCUGUUGGCUUAUUGUAAUGUGUGGGGUGUGUGCUUGUAAUGUGUGUGUUGGCUCUGUGUGCAGGCUGUGUAUAAUGUUGCAGUGUUCUAAUCCUUGGUGAACUAGUGUGGGGUUAAAUGUUGCUUGGUAGUCCAGUAGGGAGGAAGUUAAAAUUUCUCUCAAAUAUUGUUCACAAAUCAGUCUAAAUCUGUGUUAGUGAGCACUUCUCCUUUGCCGAGAUAAUCCAUCCACCUCACAGGUGUGGCAUAUCAAGAUGCUGAUUAUAUUGCACAGGUGUGCCUUAGGCUGGCCACAAUAAAAGGCCACUCUAAAAUGUGUAGUUUUACUGUAUUGGGAGGGUCCGAAAACCAGUCAGGAUCUGGUGUGACCACUAUUUGCCUCACGCAACACAACUCCUUUGCAUAGAGUUGAUCAGGUUGUUGAUUUUGGCCUGUGGAAUGUUGGUCCACUCCUCUUCAAUGGCUGUGCGAAGUUGCUGGAUAUUGGCAAGACCUGGGACACGUUGUUGUAUACUUCGAUCCAGAGCAUCCCAAACAUGCUCAAUGGGUGACAUGUCCUGUGAGUAUGCUGGCCAUGCAAGAACUGUGAUUUUUUCUGUUUCCAGGAAUUGUGUACAGAUCCUUGCAACAUGGGGCCGUGCAUUAUCAUGCUGCAACAUGAGGUGAUGGUCGUGGAUGAAUGGCACAACAAUGGGCCUCAGGAUCUCGUCACGUUAUCUCUGUGCAUUCAAAAUGCCAUCGAUAAAAUGCACCUGUGUUCGUUGUCCAUAACAUACACCUGCCCAUACCAUAACCCCACCGCCAACAUGGGCCACUCAAUCCACAACAUUGACAUCAGCAAACCACUCACCUACACAACGCCAUACACGCUGUCUACCAUCUACAGUUAAACCUCUCCAAAGUGCCAGACGCCAUCAAAUGUGAGCAUUUGCUAACUCAAGUCGGUCACGACGACGAACUACAGUCAAGGCGAGACCGCGAUGAGGACGAUGAGCACACAGGUGAGCUUCCCUGAGACGGUUUCUGACAGUUUGUGCAGAAAUUCUUUGGUUAUGCAAACCGAUUGUUGCAGCAGCUGUCCAGGUGGCUGGCCUCAGACGAUCUUGGAGGUGAAGAUGCUGGAUGUGGAGGUCCUGGGCUGGUGUGGCUACACGUGGUCUGCGGUUGUGAGGCUGGUUGGAUGUACUGGCAAAUUCUCUGAAACGCCCUUGGAGACGACUUAUGGUAAAGAAAUUAACAUUCAAUUCACGGGCAACAGCUGUGGUGGACAUUCCUGCAGUCAGCAUGCCAAUUGCACGCUCCCUCAAAACUUGUGACAUAUGUGGCAUUGUGCUGUGUCAUAAAACUGCACAUUUUGGUUUAUAAUUUUGUUCAGUGUAGUUUACCUUUAUACAGGCAAUAUGCAGGCAGUAGUAUUUUAAACAUGUACCUAGCUUGUCCUAGAUUAUUUUUAACAAAUAUUUGUAAAAUGUUCGACAUGCUAUCAGUAGGGGUCAAGUCCUGGGGAAUAAAGUGUGGGAACUCACCCAAGAUUACCCCACCCUCACCCCCAAAAAUAAUAUACACUCGUAUGCAUAUAUAAACGCGUGCACUCAGACACACACACACACAGUCACAUACACUCACAGAAACACACAAAUUAUAAUUUUUUUUAAAUUAAAAAAUGUCCUCCCUACCUGGAGAGCUGGGGUCCAGUGGGGCUUCAGUGCGGCAGGCGCCUCUCUCCCUGUCAGAGUUCUCUCUGCUCCCUCUCACCGCGCGGGCUGCCUGCUGAUGCUGAGAGCCGGAAUAUGACAUCAUAUUCUGGCUCCCGGCAUCAGCAAACGGCGCGUAAUCAGGCCACCUCUUGGGCCCCCCCAUGACAGUGGAAACACAGGGGGCAAUUGGGGGUGGCAUUUUUUGCCGCCCCUUGAGUGCCUGCAGGAGCAACGGGAACGGCAUUCCUGCUGUGAAAAAGUGCAGGAACGCCGUUCCCACGCGUUCCUGCAGGACUCGAGCCCUGGCUAUCAGAUUUGAAGAAUUUUUCAAACUGAGCUUUUCCUGCCUCAGUUUAACAACCUUGCUGUUAAUUCACAGUUUAAAUGUUUUGUACUUCUUAAAAUGUUAAGCUGCAUUUUUUUAACUUUACACUCCUUGUUUACAUAUUUUCAGUGUAUUAUAUCCAACUCUAAAAAGACCAAUCCACUAACACAUGUUACCUUAUUCUUUAAGGCUCAAAUACCAAAACUGAAGGAAAUUCUACAUGGAGAUUUGGACACUGAGGUAAAAGUGUAGAGCAUAAAAAUACAGUUGCAUUUUCAGUUGAAUUUGGGGAAAUCACUUAAAACAUUUGUUGUGUUGAACUAUUUCCAUUUCUUUUAUUUUAUUUGUUCAUUGCAAAAAGCUGAAAAUUUGUACAUUUUUACAAUAAACCUGAUUUUCAAUGGUGGUUGAAUCAUUUUGAUUACAACAGUACAUUGGAAAUGGAUCAACCAUUUGACUUUGAUUUAUUUUUCUUUUUUUCUUCUUUUCUUUUAAUUACAGUCAUCGAAUGAUUCAUUCCAAGCAGAUCUGAAGGACCUUUGUGAGUCAUGCAGUCCAGAACAGGUGUAAAUACUUGCUGUUGUAAAUCUUUUUCUUUUUAUCUCCAUUUUUUUUACAUGUUUUAUUUCUCAUUAAGUUUAAAUAGUUUUUAAUUUCCCGUUCUAAUUUUUAUUUUGGCAGCUGCAAAGCAUCUUCUCCCAGUUGAGCAUCUCACAGAUCUCUCCACAAUCUCUCCUCAAGCUCUGUUGCAUUCUGCAUUCUAUCACUCCAGACCUCAGUUAUGCACACUCAUCUGCAUUGGCCAGAAGUCUUUUCCUGGAACAGGUAAAUUACUCAAACACAGAUUUAAUUGGCCUUGAUAGUCUGCUGAUUCCCAUAUCUAUUUAGCCAUAUUUUGGGUCAUUUUAGAGCUAUAAUUUUUAUAUUAGACAAUGGGUGUGGUUUAUGUUUAAUUUUUCAGCUGAAUUGAGAACAUCCUUGCUCUUAUAUCAUGUGGAUUAAAGGGGCACUCCUCCUUAAUGUCCCUAAUGCCUGAAAUACUUCCUUGUCAAAUGUAUGCACACAAUCUCAGUCCCAAGAGCACUGAGUGAGCUGCUUUUAAUUCACAACCUGGCUGCAGGCAGUCAGGGAAACUAUAAACAGUUAGUGGUGUCCUUAGUAUAUGUCUCUCUGUGUUCUUUCUUUCUAACACAGCUUGCUUUGUUGUUCUGAUUAUUUAGUACUGUCAGAGUUGUGUGCAUACAUUUGAUAAUUAAGUCUUUUUCUGCAGGGAGGUGCGGCUGAAAAGGCUAAAUGGUGCAGCAUUCUGCCAAACUCAUUUUUUUUAUGCAAAAACUAGAAGGAUUUAUGUGCAUAUAAACAAUACAGCCAAAACCUAUCAAAUCUAUUAAAGUUGUAUUGGUACCAAGAGUGUUCCUUUUUAAUGUUUCAAUACAACAGUUUUCUUCUGGUGACAGUGUAUAAGGUGGAAUCACAUUUUUAAAUAUUUGCUGCACAAUUUAACUACAUAAACCUUGUAUCCUACAUUUUUGUACUCUAAUUUUGUCUUUUUAUUUUUAUACUCUUAGGCUCUCUCUCUUACUGCUCCUGCUCCUAGACCCAUCCUUGCUGCACUCUCAAUGUUCUGUAUGAAGUAUGCUCAAGCAGCAUGCUGCAUACUUAUUGGCCCACUAGUCUUACAGGCUGACACAGGUACUAAGCAUUCCAAUUAUACUUGCUUGCUACAGUAAUUUUUCUUGUUUUUAAUAACUCUUUGAUUCUUUUUUUAAAAUCUGAUUCAUCCAUUUCUUAAACUUCCUUUUAGCUCUUAACAAUAAUCUUUGGCAAAGAAAAGGUGAAAAUGAGUAAGACAAGCAAAAGAAUAAAUGUUAAUACUGUUCAUAAAGCAAAUUAUUUCAUUUUCAUCUGAAAGAGGGUGAUUUUAUUUUUGUUCUGUUUAAAGAAGACUCAGAAAGAGCUGUGCACCUAACACAGAAUAUUAAAGGCCUUUCCAUGGCCUUUCAUUAUAAUUUGCUCUUUGCAGAAUGAGUGAAUCACAGUGGGCAGGGUAAAGGGCAUUGAUUUCUCAAGGAGCUUAAAAGUGGCAUUGCGUCUCAUAAUUUAGAGGACUUAUGAUAAGAUAUUUACCGGUACAUUUCAGAAAGUCAGGUUUGAUCACUGCUUUGGGGCUGCUUUUCACAGAUUGUGAGACUUACAGGGUUAUUUGCCAUAGUUAGAAUUCUCAGUGAAUUUCAAAAUGAAAGUGAAAAUAGGUAAACUGCAAAAAUUCUUCAAGAUAACUAUACAUUGAGUUAGGCUACUCCAGCCCCAAAUUUGCUAUUUUCUUUGAAUUCAAACUGUUAGUCUAUGGUAAAUGACCUUACAAGGGAGCCUCCAAAGUAAUCAUUUAAAGUGGAGUGUUCCUUUAAUAUGUGUAAAAUGUUUUAUAGCCUUAAACUAAUGAACAAUUAUUGAAAUAUCUUCCCCAUUGUUUCUGCGACUACUGUAGGCUCGGUGCAUACGGAUUUUCUGGGUAGAAUGGUUUCUGAGUGCCUUCCGGUAGAACACUUGCCUCAAUGUUUUGGGUAAGUGAGUGAUAGUAUUUAUUUAUUUUUUCAACAGUUACAGGUUUACUCACUAAAGUGAGAUUGCUGGAAAUUUUUUUUUUUUUUUUGACAUUCUUUAUUUAAGUUUUUCAAUAUUCAAUCACAGCAUGUAUAUCCAAUAUAAAUUAACAUGUGGUAACAGAUAAACGGGUCAGUUAUGUGUAUUACAGCAUCAAGAUGGUUUCAACUACUGGAUAAUAAAUUGUGUUUGAGUAUUUGGCUUCAGUAUAACAGUGAGCGUUCUUUUGUGUUGUGUUCUGUCGUUAGCCCUGUUUGGGGUUAGUCCCCUCUGUGGUCGGGUGCGAAUGGAGUUUGUGGUUGCUCCUCAAGAUUCGUGCGUGUUUUCGGGUGGGUUGUUUCAACCGCUCUGUGUUGUGCUCGUGGGUCAGAGGGGGAGUUGUGCAUCCCUGCAUUGGUCUCUGAGCUUCCUCAUUUGUAGGUAGGACCCUAAUAGAGAGGUUGGCUCAGUGCAAGGUUUCCCCUCACUUACUUAUUGGGUCUAGUGUGACCUAUGGUACUUAAGAGUUGUGGUAGUCUCUGUCUAUGUGUGGUGCGGUUCAUCUUUGUCCCCAGCCUCGUACGUGGUGAUUUGUUCGUGUUUCUAGUGCCAGGUUGAUGGGUAUAGAGCUUUGUCCCAAUCCGUGUUAUGUCUGUCUACGUGUGUCCUUCUUUGGGGGGGUACCGUCUAGGGCUUUGUAUGGGGGUUCCAGUCUGGUUUGUGUUUGAUUUGUGUGUUGGUUUAGGUCGUAAUGAGCCUGGUGUGGAUGGGCUCAGUCUUAAAUCAUGAGGGGGCCAAUUAUUUUGCCCCUGUGACCGUGUGGUUACCCCCUAGUUUCCCUGAGUCGAUCUGUUUUAGGUUUUCCCUGGGGGUAGUUGACCUGGGUUGUCCGUAGGCGCAGCUAGUAUAAGUAGGGUUGUCCUGUGAUGUCUUAUUCUAUCGUUGUGCGGUGUGUGGGGUCUGUGUCAGAUGCCGUGUCGUCUCCUCAGGCCCCUGGUUUGAGUCGCUCGUGUGGUGGGUGUGAUCAUAUCAGCCCUGGGGCAUGUAGCACGGUCCCCGUGACUCUUCUGGAUACCUAAGUCUAGGUUGUUAUCUCUUAUCUUGGGUCUCGCUGGGUUCGGUGUGUGUGGGGUUAUGUAUGCCACCUGCGGCAGCCCCGGUUGUUAGUUGGCGUGGUCUGGGCCGGGUGCUACUGGCUCAGGUCGUGGCUUCUUGUGUCUGGGGUGGGGGUGAGUCCAUGUUCCUUGCGUCCCAGUCUCUCUCUUCCCUCCGUCCCCUAGUGUAUUGGUCCAUAUGUCGCUCUAGCGGGUCACUCCUCCCCUCCCGUGACCCAUGGUCCUCCGUCUCUGUCUCUGCUUUCUCAUAGAUUCCGCUUUGUGCGGAGCCUUAAGUCGGUCCGCGUGCCCCCGGGGGUUGUGUCCCUCCGGGUCUUUUGUGUGUCUAUGUGUCAUGUGGAAGGAGGGGUGGGGGGGGGGGUCGCGUAGGAAGUGUGUCUCCGUCGUGCUGAGGGUGCAAUCUACUCGUCUGGCACUGCCUGUGUCUGUGCAGAGCUCUGUUGGGUGGGUUGUGUUGGUGCGGGGGCGCCGUCCCUCUCCACCGGGUCUCCUCCUCCCGUCCGUUUUGAUGUGUAGUCCAUCCAUGGGUACCACGCCAAAGCGCAUUUUUCCUGGCGUCCCUGCAGGGAGGCUGUCAUCAUCUCCAUGUUAUAUAUCAUCUCCACCCUAUCUACCCAUUGUUGCAGGGUUGGAAUCGUCGAGCUUUUCCAAUGGAGUGGGAUGAGCGACUUCGCUGCCGUGAGUAGGUGUAUGAGGAUCCUUUCUUGUAGAUCUUCACCGGCGUGCGCGUGUGGUUGAGAAGCAGUGGCAUGGGUUGGAAUGGGACGUCUGAGCCCGUGAUGUCUUUGGUCGUCUGAUGUAUCAUCCUCCAGAACGGUUCGAUACGUGGGCAUGUCCACCAGAUGUGAAUGCUGGUUCCUAUUCCUGUGCCGCAUCUCCAGCAUUCGUUUGAAAUUGACUCAUGCACGUGCUGCAGGAUAUCUGGCGUCCGGUACCAUCCUGUUAGAAUUUUGUAGUUGCAUUCUUGGAACUUGGAGCUGAUGGUCCCCCUGUGUGUUAGUUGAAAGAUUUUAAGCCAUUCCUUUUCCGUAAGUUCCAUCCCGGUCUCUCUUUCCCAUCGCGAUGUGAAGCCUAGGGGGCUCUUAUCACCGUCGCUUAGCAGCGCGGUAUAGAGGUGUGAGACUCCAUGUGAGAGGUGUUGUCUGGCCGUGCAUAGAAGUUGCUGGAAAUUUCUAGUGAAUAUGGCCAAAACAGCCAAACUGAAAACCUAAAUGGCCCUGAGAAUUUUUCUAAUUUUGCUAUUGUGGCCUAACUUGUAUAAUUCUCACUUUAGUGAAAAACACAGUUAGCAUUACGAAUAUUUCUUCAUUUAUUGCAUUUAUUACACAGCUGUGUUAUAUGCAUAUUCUCAACUUGUUUACAAUGUUACUGUUUCAUUUCCAGCCCUGUUUUAAAAAUACCAUUUUGUGAAGGUUCUGUCAAUGUCUUGCACAUGCUACUGGAAAAACAGGUGAUAUGUAAACACGUUAUUAUAUUUAAAGCUGUCACCCAUUUUACAUCUACACAGUUAAUAUAUUAAAAUGCACUGUAUUUCAUAGAAAUUCUUUACACUUUUUUCUUUUCCCUUUUAGCUGUUAAAAUUUUAUAUUCCACCAGCCUAGAUCAAUUAAUUAGCAUAUAUGUAAAGAGUUUGUAUUAAUCAUAGUCCAUUGUUUACUGGAGACAGUCAACUUCAUAAAGCCCUCUGCAUAAGUUGAACUGUUGCUUUUUCUGUGAUUGGUGUAAUAAAAGCCCUUACAAUCUACCAAAUGUACUGGGAUAUAAUUGAACUGAAUCUUCAUUUUACAUUUAGCUAGAUAUGGAGUUUUAUGUAAAUGAAUUUUGACGGGAAAAACUAUUUUGUAAACCAUGCACAUCCAAAUAUGUUCACUAUGCCCCUUCCUCUCUUUGUUUCUUUUUUAAUCACUCUCAUUCUCAGGUGACUAUUUCUCGUUCAGACUUCGAACUCCUUCUUCUCUCAAUGUGCAAUGCUGCAGAAAUGUUCUCCAAAUCUGUUAUGUUCUCGAAGCUACUUCUGAAUAUCAUGAACCGAAAUCAGAGCAUGGUAAGAAAGUGGUGUAAUAGGCAGAAAUGGAUAAUAUAAUUAAGAGUUUUACUGUCAAAGGAAUAGAAAGAGUAGGGAUGCAUAGAACAGUUAUAUUGCUAAAAUAUAACUUUUUUUAGGGAAAAUAAAUGCUAUUGUAGGGAUUAAUCCUUUUUAAAUGCAUUAUAUUAAUAAGAAUAUUGGUAUGGUUAAACAUGAAACUUCACAUUUUACCUAAAUAAAUCUGAAUAGCUAAAAUGAGAAUAGAUGGCUACUUUGGUAUGGCUGAGCUUGUCCAACUCGUCAUAGGACAGCUAUUUUAUUAUUAGUUUUUUUCAUUUAGAUCUAAUUUGCUAAAAUUUGGAGUUUAGUUAAUAAACAUGAUAGAUUCCACUGUGAUGUAUUUGAGUGGGGGUUGACUUAUAGCUGUAGGAAUGUUUGUAAAUCAUUUCAGCUAUAAGUAACUGACUACAGGGAGGUAAGGACUAUUGGACACCCUUGCAUUAUUAUCUAUACAUGGAUAAUCCAUUGUCAUAAUGUUUGAAAUGUCCCUUUAAUCUAAACUUAUGGUUAAAGGAACACUCCACACACAUAAAGCACUUCAGCUUGCCAAAAUGUUUUAGGUAUCCGUAUCAAGUUCUGAUUUUCUUUGAAAACAACAGUUUUUACAUAACUGCAGAAACGCCACUUCAGCUUUGAGCCAGACAUAUUUCUGCUAGAGUUGCCUGACUUCUCCCAUAAGUCACAAUGUCCCUGUUAGUGUGCACUCAUCCAGAGAUGCCAUUUUAGCUUUGUGUCCUUUCUAUCUAAAACUUCUUAUUGAACUGUACUACAGAAGUUUAUGAACGGGAGAGCCGCUCGCAGCUCAAAAUUCUGCACUGGGAAAAAAGGGUUUGUAAAGGCUGCAGGCAAAAGAUCUGCAGCUUUUUGCAAGCUGUUUUUAGAUAUACCAACAUAGAGACAUACUGCAAUACUCUGGUAUUUUUGCAUGUUAGAUAUACCAACAAAGAAAAAGAAAUGCAGAAAUAAUGCAUGCAUUUUUACAUUGGUAGUAUGUAUACUAAUUAGUUAUAAAUGUAUUAUUUUUUGUCCCAUGAAAGGUUAGUUUUGUUUCUUGCCACAGUAUUGUUGUUGUUUUUUUUCUUCAGAUUCUGCCUUCACACAUUGGACUUUUAGCUAAUGCAGUUAAUGCCAACCAAACAUUCAUGAAGAAGUCACUUGAAGUGGUUCUGAAAAAGCUGCGAGACACAACAUAAUUUUCUUCAAAAUAAUGUUCCAUGACAUUGCUGCAAAAUAAGUGUUAGAUAUUGAAUUGUUUCUGCUGCUACAUGUAUUAAGUAUGAUAUAAUUAAAAGUUGGUUUAAAAUGAUAAAAUAUGAAGGGAAGGGAAGCGGGGCCUGACUGCCAUGCCUGUCAGAUGUGUCCCGAAAGAGCUUGAGGCUUUAGUUUAUGUUAUUCCUGUUCUUGGGCUGCUUUCUGUCCGAUUGGCAUUCUAAGCAGAACUACAGACGCUUCUAGCCAUGGUCAAGCUCACCAUUAGCAACUUUUACUUACCCAAAGUGGACACAUUCUGGUUGACAAAUCUGAGUGAUUUGCGGCCUGGUGUGCCCUGAGGAUGGGAGAGGCGGCUGAUCUCCCACCUGGAGUGCUCUGAGCUGUACUACUCGCUGGUUGGUGCCCUGCCCUCCCCCCCUCGCCCUUUGGACCAGUGUGGGUGAUCCCGGUCUACACCUUGGAGGCUCUCCCACUACACUAAGAGCGUGUUGCAAUGCUGCUAGAAAAGGCUAUAGCGUGACACACAACAUGGCAGACGCCACAUGUUUCAUCAACCCCUGCGGUGUGAAGUCAAAUGUGGUGACCAAAUUGUAUAAGCUCUCCUACUCCUUUUGGGCAAAGCUGGCUGCCGGCAUGCGACCUGCGGCUACAGAUAUCCUGACCGACAACAUGCCUCAGAGUAUGCCGUCUAAGAUUUAGAAGAGGACCAUGGUUAACUCUCCUGAGCAGACCCUACUUAUGUGACGGCACCAGACGAGGCCCAUGCUGGUGAUAGCUGUGCAUAGUUCCCCAAGGAGCAGUGUCCUGAGGUCUAGCUUGGAAAUACAAAGGGAACUAAGAGCAACUCUGCCGACAUCACCAGGCAUACCCUAUCUCCAUGAAGAGAUCCUAAGCCUACUUACCAGUUUGAUAAUAUGCCUGACAGUGGACUUUGCUACCUGGUUACAGUAGCCCUGUAGACUGGGCAUCGGCUAGUUAUGAGAUGGUGCUGCUGUCUGGUAUCUUGGAUGCCGUAGGAGCUAUUAGUCGUGAUACCAUGCGAGCAGUGUGGUGAUCCCUGAAUUUAACAUUUUUUAGCUACACAUUUUAAACCACUCCUAUUCCUAGCCUGUUGAUCUUCAUAUAGCUGUUAAUUUCCCUUAUAUUUUUCUUUGUUUUUAUAUUGCCAGUGCUCUGCACUGUUCUGGUCUUGCACAUAACCCUCACAGAGCUUUCUGGGGUGGAAUCGUUACUAGAAGUUCAGCAUGUUUUCUCUCAUUUUAUGUUAUAAUUUAAAAAUGUGUAGCCAUGCAACUGUCUUUCUAUGUCUUGAAAUAUGUGCUAUAGUUGUUGUGGCAUAGCAAGCCUCUUUGUAUUCUUUAUGCACAGCAAAAAUAAAGAAUAAUACAAAAAUGAAGGUAACCCUCUCUCUCUUGCUUUGUAAUGUUAGUAAGGAGUGUAACCACAGUUGAGUUUGAUAUAUCAGUCACUGGGUCUGCUACCUUACACUUAUUGUUUUUUUAUGUGUGCCAUUGAAAUAACU